AAAGACUGACGACCGAUUCUAUAAGGUGUCGCUUUCUGGUGAUCUAUUUUUACCGUGAACGGAUCAAGCAGUCGAGAAGUUGUAAGCGUCGCUUAGGCAUAUGAAUACAAAGCUCAAUCCGGUAUUGUAAUUUAUCAUAAAUUUCAAGUGAAAAAAUCGGUUUUGCGAAAAAAAAAAAAAAAAAAAUUACGUGCAAAAUAUAGAAUAUUUAUAAUUUCUUUUUCUUUCCAUCUUUCUUAAACGUGUAAUUAAGGAAACACUGAAGUAAAGAAGUUCUUCAUCAUUAUUUGGUUUGUUUGUUUUUUUUAUUUCGAAAAACUUGACUUCCACUGAAACUGUUGACAUUUUACGUUCAUUCGCAUAUGCAACGUUUUCCCAAUAAUACAAGACGAAAUAUUUUGAGCAAUUCAUCUUACAAUUAUACAUCGACUGUGAAUAAAGAUGCAGAUUAUAAACGUUUGAAUUACAAGUCACAGGAAAGUAACAGUUUUCUACAAAGAAGUGUUUCUGCAGACAAUGUUGUAAUUCGUACAAGGGGAUUUAAACCAUCUGACAGGCACGAUCCAGCGAAACGAAAUUUUCUUGAAAAACUUACUUCUAAAAUACUUCAUUUCGAUAUGGAGAGCGGAGAGAGAACUCCAAUAAAUUUACAAAAAUUGUUGACUCCGGCUACAGAUGGAAUUGAAAAGACGCACGUUAAAAAUAAAGAAAAAAUGUUCGCCUCUUCUUACUUCUACGCUCCUACCCAUCCAACGGUAGAAGAUCAAGUAGAAUUAGCCCGAAGAAUUUCAAAUUCAUUGAGCGAUGUGAAGAAUAUGAAAAGCAAGGGACAAUCAAUGUAUGUUAAUCGAAAAAAACGAUCAGUAAAAUGGAUUCAUGAAGGCAAUGGAACUGAAGAAGAAGAGGACUCUUCUACUCCAAUCCAUAAGGACAAACUUCCUUUAAAGUGUGUAAUGAAUCCUUGUGGAAAGGUCCUUGACAUCAAUGGAAUUCAGGCUCUUGGAGAGGAAGUCAAUAUUGAAACAUUUCCUUCACAUCCGGAAAAACUGUUCGAUAUUGUUCGUGACUUGAAUAAUCAAAGGGGCCGAGGAGCAGAAAUUUUUGCAAAACGCAGAAAAAGAUCUGAGAAAUGGGUCGUGGAUAAGGACCAACCUCAAACACCAACUACACCUAUUUAUCCAAAAGCACCUACUUAUUCAACAAAACAGGAGUAUCAUGAAAAAACGAAUUAUUCGAAUCAAUCAUCUGUGAGUCCACAAACUCCGUUGUCGUCAUUUGAUAAUAAACCAUUUUAUAAUCCUUUUAUUGUGGAUUUAACAACUGGCAAUUCAAAUUCAUCGUCUGCAGGCCAGGAUCGACAAACUCGAGCCAAUAACAAUCUAGAGAACGGGGUGAACAGAACAACCACCGAAGUGAAGAAAAUUUAUCUUCGUGAAGUGGCUGUCGGUACAGACCCGGAACUUCCUCACGAAGAUUGUGACCAAUUUUUGGAAAAAUCCAAACGAAUGUCCUUCAAAAACGAGGACCGUUCACGUGCCACUACUAACGGGCAUCGCAGCAAUCGCUAUAAAACAACCUUUUCCAAUUCCAAUUCUAAUCAUCAUUCAAAUUCAUCGAAACAUUUGAAAUCAAAUUCAAAUCAUUCAAAAUCAAAUGGCAUUUCUAAUGGUUCAAAAUCAAAUUCUCAUCAUCAACAUCAUUUAAAAUCAAAUGGCAAUUCAAAUAGUUCUAAAUCAAAUUUCAAUUCACAUCAUUAUUCAAAAUCCACUGUCAAUGGAAAUAAUUAUGUGAAAAAUAAUUCCAAUUAUCAAUCAAGACCAAGUUCAAAUUCCACCUAUAAUUCACGACCAAAUUCCAAUUCCCAUUAUAAUUCAAAUUCAAAAUCAAAAUAUUAUUCAAAUUCAAAGUAUCAUUCAAAAUCAACUAAUCAUCACACUAUUGAGACAAAUGGUAAUUUAAUUAGAAACAAUUUUAGAAACGGAAAUCAGGAUCAUCAAUUAACGGACAGUGAGGAGAGUGAUUAUACACCGGUUCCCGUGAAACAAUUAAUUCAAGAAUUUGAAAAAACAUGCCGACCUGUUUUACAAUACAAGCAAUUGAGUCAAAAAGUAAUUCCUAUCAGUAGACAAAAUAAAACGUUCAAUAACGAUAUUUCACGUUUUUUCGAGACAACAUCAGUACCAAGCAAAUACGAAGUUUGUUGUAGGUUAUCGGAUAGAGAGGACGAAAUUUUUGAAAGGGAGAGCCUUGAUUCUUGUCAUAGUAACGGUUAUUUAUCGACUGAGGAUUUGGACGAUGAAUCAUUGGACGAUUCAUUGUCGCCUAUGAAUUAUUAUCAAUUUGAAGAUCGUAAGCCAAUUUGUGAGAACGAUUUUCAACGAAUACCCGCUGGCAAUAGAAGUGCAUCAAUGUCAAUGGUUGAUGAAUAUUAUCGUCGACAAAUUAUGGAUUCAGAGGAUCAUGAGGAAACAUUAAUUAUAAAUGGCUCCAGUGAAUAUAUUGAAAUUGAGACGGAAAUUCAGGAGGCGAGAAAACCAAGAGUACUUGCCAUGGUUGGCACACAGGACGAUAUUUUGGAUACAAUUAAACAUUUGAGGAACACGCCAGUUGUCAAUAAUCUUGUCUCAGCUGACUGUGAAUUUGGCAUUAGUGGCUUAAACGUUGAUGAUGGUGGUAAAUUAUAUGAAAGUAUCUACCAGGGUCCAAAGAUAUCAAGUUAUCAGAAUUUAGCCAACUAUAAUACAGCACCUCGUGGUUGGGAUCAAUCACUUUCCUUUUAUCGACCAAUUAAAUUUGAAAAGCCACCGGAAAAGCUGGUCUAUUCUGAUUUUUAGUCAUACGAUUUGUUUUUUUUCUUUCUUUUUUUUUUUUUUUUGUUUUCGUAUGACACGGUAUGUUUUCCCGUUUCGUAUAAUUUUAAGUGUCUGCUACGCUAAAUAAAUUUCCUUCGCCUGUGUCGUCAAACUUUCUGCUUAUGAAAGUUCCUAUGGAUCAUAAUUUUUAUAAAAG